UACGCACUUUAGUAUUGCCAAAAAUUUAAUGUGAAAAGUUUUGUUGACCGAUGGACCCAUGACGACAAAUUGACCUCAUAACGAAAUUGUGACAAUGGUCAACACGUAAUUAGGAUAGUUUUACUCGUGCAAUUGGAUAGCAUUUUCAUUCGAACUUAUCAUCGAGAGCAACAUUAUGUUAAUAGUGUCAUAACAGCUGAGAACUGAGAACAUUUAUAUUGACUUUUUUGUUGGUCAAAACUCAGAGUUCCAUUGGCAGUUUGACGCUCGGAUCGAAUAGAAUUAACUGCAAUGGCUGCAAAGUUCAAUAUUCGUAACUUGCGCGUAUUUUUGCUACUUUUGCUGAUGACUAUAGCCGCUUUCCUGCUGCUCUCAAAUGUGGAGCAAGUGCAUCAAUUGGCAGUCACUCAACAGCCACACCGCAACGAGAAGAUCGAACUGGAAUCCUUGGAGCUAGUGGAAGAAACCUACAAAGAUAUUCCACUCGAACAUAAGAUGACCACAGAAUCGCCCAGAUUAGUCACCCAACGAACUUUAGAACUGAAAAAGCUUCUCAAGUGCCGCGAUCGCCAAUUGAAACUUGAGAAAGUUCAACAUGGCGAUUACUGGGUAAUCAAGAACUUGGUCAUUGGCAGAGAAAGUCAACGCAUGGGUUGCGCAGAGUCCAUUACUUAUACCACAAACGGAGACUUCACGUUCUUCGACAAUCUCGAGACGGUGGCACAACGCUGGCUGGGACCCAUCAGCUUUGCCAUACACUCUCCGGGCUAUGAUCUGAACUCUACGCUGGACGCCAUACAGUAUGUGAGAAACUGUUUGCCGGGCAGUCAAUUGAUCAGCGACUACGUGAGCUUCCACGUCUUCUUUGCCCAUGCCCAUAUGCCUGAGUAUGUGCCCUACGAUGAGAGCGAAACACUAAACUGGCCCUACAAUUGCGUGGCAGAGGACGGAGAUCUAUUGAUGCCACCUUAUUACCAGAAUCGGAACCAGAUGUACAAAGUGCAGGCGAAUAUGACGUAUCCGAUCAAUGUGGGACGAAAUAUAGCCAGACAGGCGGCCAACACUCACUUCAUAUUCGCCUGCGACAUUGAGCUGUAUCCAAGUCUGGGAUUUGUGGAUCAAUUUCUCAAUAUGGUCUAUCACAACAAUAGUGUGCUGCAACUGAAUCCUAAGCUGCCUCCGAGGGUUUAUCCGCUGCCAGUCUUUGAGAUCCAUGAGGAUGUGAUGGUGCCCAACGACAAGAACGAACUCAUGCAGUUGUUUCACAAGAAGAAGGCUCAACUCUUUCAUGCCCACUUGUGUCAGAAUUGUCACAAGGUUCCCGGCUAUCAGAACUGGCUAAACCAAAAGUUCAACUCAUCAGAUCAACUUAAAUUGUUUAGCAAGACAUUGAGACAGGACACCUUUAAGUACUGGGAACCCUUUUAUGUCAGCGACAAUCGUGAGCCAUUCUUCGAUGAGCGAGUCACCUGGGAAGGACAGUCGAAUAAGCGCAUUCAGGGCUACGCCAUGUGCUUGCUGGGCUAUGAAUAUCAUGUGCUUCAUCCUGCCUUCUUAGUUCAUAGUCCUGGCAUCAAGAUCCCAAGUGGGAACUCUACACGCGCAAUUUACGCCAAAGAGAUGACCAAGUUCAUCAAGUCCAAGAUUCAACCCGAGUAUCGAGUGCUCUAUGGCAAAAAUAAGAAAUGUUUCACAUGAUUGAAAGUAAAUUAUUAAAAAGUCGAAAGAUCAAUAAUGUUUGCUCUGCAUUCAAGUAUUAUUCCGAAUUUGUAGGUCUACCCAGUAUAAAUAAUUUAUUUAAUUUUGUACCUUUUUUAGAAAGUAAUUACAAAUUAUUAGUAAUUAAAGGUUUAGAAAAACUUUUAGAUCUAGACACAAUGUGUAUUUUAUUUUAAAUGCUUCAGCUGAGUCGUAGUGCAAUGUUCAGAUAUAUUUUAACGAAUUUUAACAAUAAUUAUAUUUGUAUUACUUAAUAACCUAUUUCCAACUAUUUUCACUGUAAUUGAACCAUUACUUUU